GUCUCUCGGACUCCAGCCACGCCCCAGCUCACCUGUACACGGAAGCAGCAGGUAUUCUCGAGAGAUCCGGAGGGGCCGCGCCUGAAAAACACUGCAGGCAGGCGGAAGAGCUUCUGGGUCACAAACCAAUAAACAACACGAAAACGGUCGGAGGGGAACAAAAACGACCCCGAUCGCAAAUCUGUGUUCAUUACACUACUUCCCACACUCUGGAUUACGGGAUCUUUCCGGGCAGUCUCUCCGGAGUUUGUUUUUGCUUGCGUAGUUUGUUUUGUAGUUUUCUUGAACCUGUUUGGGUAAGCUGCACCUGCAGCCGACUCACCUGAAACUUGAGCAAAACAAAGCCCGUACAAAAUGAGACACAAAGGCCGGCUGUUGAAGUGACACCCUCAUAUUUACAGAAAGGAGAGCACGAUUGUAAAUACAAACCUUACAUGAAAAAAAAAAACACUUUAAAUAUAUAUUAUAAUUUUCCGUGUGUGGUUUGGAACAGGAUCAGCCAGCUUCUCAAAUGAACAAAAUGGAUUACUUAGAUUCCGGAAUGAGAUACAACCCUAAAUCUGGGGAUGACAGCUGGGACACGGGGGUGCAGUUCCUGCCUGCCUCAAACAGCAAGAAGCUGGAGAAGAAGGGACCCAAGAAGGCGCUGGCCAUCGUGGCCGUCCUGGUGUUCAUCACUGUCCUGUCUGUGAUGACCGGAUUGCUGGUCUGGCAUUUCCACUUCCGCAAAGAGAUGAAGGUGUUCAAGAUGUACGCCGGCACCAUGCACAUCACCAGCGAAACUUUCCAGGAUGCCUACGAGGAUUCUGCCAGCCCGGAGUUCAGUGCUCUGGCUGCCAAGGUGCAAGACCAGCUUAAAACAUUGUACUCGAACACGCCCCAGCUGGCCAGGUACUACGUUCGGUCGACAGUCAAUGCCUUCAGUGAAGGGUCUGUGAUUGCCUACUACAUCUCGGAGUUCGACGUGCCAGCAAAUCAGGAGGCAGCAGUGGACUCUGCCCUGGCAGAGAUCGGAAAAAAACUUCUCCGUGGCCAGAGGAAGCUCGCACCCGAGCAGCUGAGAGUGGGCGAGAUGGUGACUCUCCCUGUGGAUCCGCGAAUGGCUCGCAACAAUAAGUGCAGCUAUAACCUCCAUGCCAAGCCAGGUGUGACUGACAGCCUGAGUUCUCCAGGGUUUCCCAACAGUCCUUACCCAACGGACACCCACUGCCUGUGGAGGCUGCGGGCCGACCCCGGCUACGUGCUCAAGCUGAACUUCAUCACCUUCAGCCUGGAGGACGACUGCAGCAAAGACUUUGCCCGUGUGUACGACUCGCUGGGACCGCUGGAGACACGCGUGCUGACAGAGAAGUGCGGGACUUUCUCCCCCUCUCAGCCCCUGGUCUUGAUCUCAUCUGGGAACGUCAUGCUCCUGGCUCUGGUCACAGAUGACAAUAGGAAUUUCCCAGGAUUCAAAGCGGAGUACAGCCAGAUUCCCAAGGAUAGCAACGCCUGCGGCGGUCAACUCACUGGGAGCAACGGCACGUUCACCUCCCCCAACUACCCAGCGUUCUACUCCGCAAGCAUGGACUGCACCUGGAAAAUCCAGGUGGCUGCGGGUUUGAGCGUCAAGGUGACUUUCACGAAGUUCCUGAUGAGCGAACCUGGGGUGAAACUCAAGAGCUGCACGAAGGACUACGUGGAGAUCAACACGCAGAGGUACUGCGGGGAUGAGAAAAUGCUGGUGGUCUCCAGCCAGACCAACGAGAUGACCAUCCGAUUCCAUUCCGACGCAACGUACGUGGACAGAGGCUUCGCUGCUCGGUACGAAGCCUUCGAACCUUCCAACCCCUGCCCUUCACAGUUUCACUGUGCGAACGACCGAUGUGUCAGCGAGAAGCUGCGGUGUGACGGCUGGAAUGACUGUGGCGACUCCAGCGACGAGCUCGCAUGCACUUGCAAGACGGACCAGUUUGCAUGCAAGAACUCUCUGUGUAAACCCAAAUUCUGGGUCUGUGACGGAGUCAAUGACUGUGGAGAUAACAGCGACGAGGAGCCCUGUGCCUGCAAGUCCGAUCAAGCCAAGUGCAGAAACGGGAAAUGCAUUUCCAAGAAGAUGUUUUGCGAUCGCCGUGACGACUGCGGGGACGGCAGUGACGAAUCCGAGUGCGACAACACCGUGGUGAUCGAUUGCACGGAGUUCAGCUACAAGUGUAAAAACAACCAGUGCAUCAACAAGAAGAACCCGGAGUGCGAUGGGGUGGAAGACUGUGCCGAUCGCUCCGACGAGGCCGCCUGCAAUUGCGGGACGCGUCCCUACAAGCACUCGCGCAUCGUGGGCGGUCAGAACGCGGAGGAGGGGGAGUGGCCCUGGCAGGUCAGCCUGCACGUCAAGGGAUCGGGACACACCUGCGGAGCUUCGGUCAUCUCCAACCGCUGGCUGGUCACUGCCGCCCACUGCGUCCAGGACGACCUCAAAGUCAAGUAUUCUCAAGCCAGCGUCUGGGAGGCCUACAUGGGUCUCCAUGCUCAGGGGCAGCUGGGCAAGUCAACGGUGAAGAGCAAUAUAAAGCGUAUCAUCCCUCACCCGAACUACAACACCUACACCUUCGACAACGACAUCGCCCUCAUGGAGCUGGAGAGUCCUGUUACCCUUUCCAGCGUAAUCUGGCCCAUCUGCCUCCCCGAAUCCACCUUCGUCUUCCCAGCCGGCAAGUCGGUGUGGAUCACGGGCUGGGGUGCCACCAAGGAAGGGGGCUUUGGUGCGACGGUGCUGCAGAAGGCUGAGGUUCGAAUCAUCAACGAGACGGUGUGCUCGAGUCUGAUGUCUGACAUCACUUCCCGGAUGAUGUGCGCCGGGGUCCUGACCGGGGGAGUGGACGCCUGUCAGGGUGACUCUGGGGGCCCCUUGUCCAGUAUCGAGGCGAACGGGCGUCUGUUCCUAGCCGGAGUUGUGAGCUGGGGGGAUGGCUGUGCUCGGAGGAACAAGCCUGGGGUUUACACCCGCGUCACGAUGUACCGAGGCUGGAUCACAGAGAUCACAGGGGUGUGAUCAGGGGGAGCGAAAAGGACAGCAGCAACCAGGCUGUGUAUUACUGGGAACGGACCGUGGAAUUCAAACCCACUGUGCUCAUUAUCCGCAACCUCGGAAUGACAACCCGAAAGACACAUUUUUACAUUUUUUUUUCAGAAGAACGGACAGGUUAAAGGUUGUGUGUGUGUGUGUGUUUUUUUUUUAAUUUUGUAUAAAUAAAUCGAAAUGUAUUUUAUCAAACAACAAGGAGAUCAUGCAAUACAGAUGUUUCACAGAUGAAGCUGAUUUUGUUUUUAGUCACGUUAUAUAUAUAUAUAUGUUGUGUAUGUACCUAGGAGAUGAUGUCGUUUGUGAUUUGAUAUGGGUGGGGAAACCCAUUCCAGGUUUUACUACUAGCUUGAUUAGCCAGUGUGUAUAGGUAACAGGCUCAGGUGGGACAUCGUAGACUCAUAGUAAAACCAGGAAUGGAUCUGCUGUGCACCGGGAGUCUUCUUUCCAUCCCUGUAGUUAGAUUAAGAAAACAAGGCUCUGCUACAGUGCAGUACUAGGGUCAUGACAUACGACCUCUCUUACAAUAAGUCUCAUUCUAGGGAGGGUGCUAUUGGAACCAGCAUUAUUCAGACCUAUCUUAAAAACGAAAGAGGUGUUGCUCUAUAUUACUUAAUAUAACCCUUUUCAUGCUCGUGUCUAAGCUGUUGAGAUCGUUACUGAUGUUUUUUUAAUACAAUCCGUAUGAAGGGAUCUUGUCUAUCACCUUGUGUUUUAUUAUUUUUAUACUGAUUUCCGUCGGGAGAAUGCGUUGUAUUUGUGGUAGGAGGCAGUAGUCUCAAAGGGGUGUUGUAAAGUGAGUUUAUACUUGUGGUGUAACUUUUAGUGCUAUUUGACCCUUUUUUUGGGGGGAGGGCGGGGGUGGUAGAGAUGUACAUCAUCGCUAUGAAAGGCAGUGAUUUCUCCUCUCGCAGUGGGUGUCGAGUGCAGCUGGGUUGAGGCAGGGCAGGGGUGCAGAAGACCUUGCUCAACUCAUCUGGGCUGUGUUGGCAUGCCAGCAAAGCUGACCAGAUCAUGUGAAGGGUUAGCCUGUCUGUGAGCACAGAAUCCUUAUUAACUUCCAUAACAUCCCUGUACCAUCACGGGGAUAUUUUAGUGAGCGUUUUAGUUACAUUUCUGUUACCAGUGACACUUGAUAAAACAAAGUGCCAAAACCUGCUGAACUAGCAGUGGGGUUUAAUAAAAUAUGGAAAGCGCUGCGUGUAUCGGUUCGAGGUGUUGGUACGAGACUGCCCCCCUGUGGUGUAAUGAGGUAGUGCACUAGAAGGCAUUACAAUAACUGCUCAUUCAAAGAGCACUUCAGAUCUGGGAUGGAAACCCUGUUGACCAUUUAAAAUCACCUUUUGAAAAGGAGUGUCCCUAUAUAAAAAAUAAACUUUGUACUUUGUUUUGUAUUUGAAUGAUUUGUAUAUGAACACGUGUAUAAAGGAGAUUCUGAUCCCACCCAUGUGCGUGGGUUGGGUUGGCAUUCCCACUGUGCCUUAUGAAAGUUAGCUCAAGGAGUGUGUACUGAAAUGCAUUGUGCGUCUGUCUGCAGAGGCAGCGAGUUUCAUUAUCUAAUGCUUGUAGCUGUAGUAGAGUGUAUUCAAUUGAUCUAAAUACUGGCGCGACUGUAAAAUAAUUAAAGUGUGUGUUAGUUUCUUCCCUGGCUUAUUUCUGCUUGUAAUAAUAUGUAAAAACUUUCAUGAACAAGAUAUUGUAAUGUUUUUUUUUUAUUGGUGGUUGGUAUUGAGAUCUGCCACUGUUUUUAAAUCAAUUGAACAGAACUCAGUAAGUCAUUGAAUCUAAAUAAAAUGACAGGAGCCGA